UACAAAAUUAAGGCGCAGGGCUUCUCUCUGGUAAGAACAUUAAUGGAGGAAAACAAUCUGCCUCCUGGCUUCAGAUUCCAUCCCACAGAUGAAGAACUCAUAAACUAUUAUCUAACAAGUAAAGUUUCUGAUGCUAAUGGCUUCACUUCCAAAGCUAUUGCAGUGGUUGAUCUCAACAAGUCUGAACCCUGGGAUCUUCCAGCUAAGGCUUCGAUGGGAGAGAAGGUAUGGUAUUUCUUCAGCUUAAGAGACAGGAAAUAUCCAACCGGACUUCGAACCAACCGAGCCACAGAAUCCGGCUACUGGAAAACCACCGGCAAAGACAAACAUAUCUUUCACGGCGGCGCAUUGGUCGGCUUCAAGAAAACCCUCGUCUUCUACCACGGCAGAGCUCCUCGUGGCCUCAAAACCAAUUGGGUUAUGCAUGAAUAUCGCCUCCACAAUAUGCCCCUUUUUGCACCUUCCAAGGAAGAAUGGGUUGUUUGCAGGGUGUUCCAAAAGACCAUAUCGACAGCCAAAAAACCUCAGGAGAUCACACCAUCGUCCCCAGUAUCUUUAGAUUCAUCACCUUGCAAUAAUGCAACCUCAAUGGUGAAUGAACUGGGUGACGACAUCGAACUUCCUAAUUUCAGCACUAGUCUUGCAAAUUCCUCAACAGGAUUCUCAAACAACAUUGUACAACAAACUAAUCCCAGCAUUAAUAAUGGCGAUUAUUAUCACAGCAAUGUAAACACGAACAUGAGCUUGAGCACAAAUUGGUCGUCAGCUUCAACAGACCAAUUUCCCUCUCUUCUUGCAGCUUCUCGAGGGUUAAUGCUCAAUCCCAAUCUGUCGUCAGUGAACUCAUUAUUGCUUCUCAAAGCAUUGCAGCUCAAGAGCUAUCAUGAGCAGCAGCAAGCUAAUGAUCACUUUGUUGCAUCAUCGUACAUGUCUCAAGCAGUUUCCAACGUUGGAGGAACUGAUCAUGUUGUCUCAAAUCCCAGUGCUUCUCAUCAUCAGCAGCAACCGUUCAAUCUGGACUCCCUUUGGUGAAGCCGUUUAUGUGUUCAUUGGAGCAAACAUUGUGUUCAACUUCUUUGUUAUAAUAUCCAACUCAGUUCCUGUGGGUACAGCUAAUAUGGAGCCAAUAUUUCCAAUCCAGUUCCUUCAAAAUACUAUAUACAUAUCUCAUGAGUUGUAAUUAGGGUUAAAAUAUAGCCAAGUUGUAUAUUACAUACGGUUUAACUCUAUACACCUCAUG